UUUAGGCAAUACCCAAUUGCAGCAAAUCAAAAUGCCUAAGAAGAGCAAGGUGAAUAAGUUGUCGCGCAUGUCGGAGGAGGAGCGCGCACGAUACUUACAGCAUCGGGCAGACUUGGAGGAAGAGGCACGACGUAGGAAGAGGGAACUGAUUGCCAGGUUCAUCAAGAAUAAGCUUGACAAAGAGGAGUCUUACAGCAAAAUGAACACUGCGAAGAUCAACCAGGAGUGGCGGUACAUACUGAGGAAGAUCAAAUGUAAACAAAUGGCCUCUGAUAUACAGGGUAUGAUCAUCAGCUUUAAUUUCCUGGUGGAGAGAAAGGAUCGCCAGAUACUCUCGCUCACCAGAGCGCUGGAGGACUCUGAUGAGCAGCAUCGGCGCGCCUUUCAAACUCAUACGGAAAACUUAAACUAUUUCCUCAGAAUCGGAGCUCAACGAUUAGAUAAACUCCAUACAGAGUACGAUCGCCAAAAAGAUCUCCUUUUAGAGAACUGGGAAGGAGAAGAGUUAGAUAUAACGGACAACCAGGAUAGGGCUGAGAUGAAACUAACGUUGAUCACUUACAUACAGGAUCGUGACUUCAGAGCUUAUAAGAAGAAGAGAGAAAUUGCAAUGUUGACAGCCAAGAAUGACGAGAGACUAGAGCAUGAAGAACAAAUGCGCAACCUCUGUCGUCCGAAGCAGUUGGAGAUUGAAUUAUAUUUCAAUAAACUCCGUGACACUUAUGAUUCGUACGAGGAACACCAUAAUCCAAUGAUGGGGCACUACCGUGCGCUGCGGGAGAAAGACGACUUCUAUCAGAGAGAUAUCGCAAGAAACGAACGACUUAUAGAACAAGCUACGGACAUAUUAAUGAAUCUUCAAAAGGAAUGGAUGCGAACAACGAAGUCGUUAAGUAACAAAAUGAAUCGUAUGACGAACCGUAAGGAAGACUUGGCAAAGAAGUACUGGCAAAUGAAAAAGGAAUCUAAGCUUAUGAGCUGCAGAGACAAUGACAUGUUGACUGUACUUGUAAAUUGUAGUCAAGAUACCAUAAAGCGCCUGGAGGAAGUUAAUAGCAAAGUAAAUAAAAUCACACAAAUGAAUCAAAUUUGUAGCAAAUACGAAAAUAGUAGGUUGGAUGUGCUCGAAGAUUGUCCUGAAGAUUGGAUACCGCUGAACUUUGAACAUCUUAACGAGGAGAUGAUAAAUGAAUGUAAGGAAUAUAUGAAAAUGGAUAAAUUCUUAAACAAAGUGAACAGAGUGAAGGUGCAGACAAUGUGCUUAAAAGCUGAAAAGGCUAAGUUAGCAAAGGAGAAUAUUCAGUUAAAACAAUACAUCAAGAAAUAUCUUACAGAAUUGGCACUCAAAGGCGGCAAGGAUAGACCGGCUAGUAUGAAAUAUACGUCCAAUAUUCAGAAGACCGAUGAAAAUGGAAGGACUUUGUAUCGUCCUGUAACCUGCAUAGAAGGUGCUCUGUCUAAUGCAGUUAUGUAUGAGAAGAGAAUGAAAUUGCAAGAGCAACGGGACAAAGAAUUAGGAGGCAUUCAUGCAUAUCCAAGAGUCUGUUGGUAAAGCUAUUGGAAAGAAAAAUCAUAUUUAAUUGACUUAAUUACAUAUUAGGAAUAACUUUU